AAAUAAACCAAGGAGCUGUUUCAUCUGCUUUGUUUCAGAGAGCGGCUCUCUGCUGCAGUCCUUGUUGGAGGGAGACUUCCAGGCCGUUCUGCUGAGCCCCCAGGUGACAGGUGUGCUGUCUGGAGAUGGCAGCUGCAAGGACGGCGAGGACCUUGAGGCCUACCUAGAGAGAAGACUGCUGCUGUACCUGAAAGGAGACGAUGAUGAGCAGCAGAAACCAAACAGGGAGCUCACAGUAAUGGCCGCCGCCGUCUCCUGCCUCCAUCUGUUUGCUCAGAGUAACUGGACCGGCCCUCCAGUCCCCUCCCACCUGUGCCACCUGCUGCCGACGGCUCUUCCGUCCUCUCAG